AUGCAGCUAUUCAGUUUGAACUGCAAUCGCGUAUUGAUAAAAUGGAAUUACUAUAUUCUGACUUUGAUAAUCUUCAGGGUGAGAUCGAGGAACUCGCUGACGAUCCUGAUCAGAGGUAUCAGGAACGAGACGUGUUCGAGAACCAGUAUUACUCGGCUGUCGCGACUGCUAAAACCCUGUGCCAGUCAUCAUCAACUUCGUCACAUUCCUCAAAUCACGAGAGCAGAUCUUUUGGAGACUUUGGAGGAGGCAAAAAAUAACAGAGGUAAUUCUGAAUCUAAUCAUAUUCACAAAUCCAAUAGCUUUAUAAUUUCUUCAGGUAAAAAUAAAUCAUUUUCAUGUCCAUUAUGCUUUCAUGAGCACUAUUUAUUUAAUUGUGAUGCCUUCAGAAAGCUUCCUGUUGAGACGCGUAUUGAAAAGGCUAAGACCUUCAAAAUAUGCUUAAAUUGCCUUCGGCCUGGUCACCACGAAUCACGCUGUAAAUUAUCACAUUGCAAAUAUUGCAAAUCCAAACACAACACGCUUCUUCAUCUCGAUAUUCAUAAUAAGCCUGUCGCACAUGACAGCGUUGUGUUAUCUGCUGAACCAUCUCAGUCUUUAAUUAACACAAACCAUGUUUUGCUAUCCACAGCUAUGGUCAAGGUGCUCGACGGCCAUGGAAAAUCACAUGCCGCUAGAGUCUUAUUAGACAAUGGAAGCACAGGAAACUUUGUCACAAAGGAAUUUUGUGCCAAACUCAAUCUUCUUACCAACGCUACGAAUUCAAGAGUAACAGGCAUCAAUCAACAGAAAACCAAAUGGCACCGGUCCUAUGGCGAGCUGAAAGAGGGAAUGUUCGUCGUUAUCAAGGAGAAGACGUCUGCCCCCUUGAUGUGGCUUCUGGGACGCGUUGUACGUGUCCUGCCUGGAAGAGACGGCGUAGCAAGGGUUGCAGACAUCCAAACGAAGAGGGGUGUCAUUCGCCGGGCAUACAAUACCAUAUGCCCCCUGCCUGUCAAGAGCUUUGAACUUGGCACUUCAACGCGGGGAGUCUAUGGUCAAGCCAUAAACAGCGAGCGCGAUGAUGUCCCCGGGGAGACCCGGGGGCGCGGGGCGUCGGACAAUAUAGCUGCGGCCGGCUGCCGGCCGCACACAGCGACACACUGAUUUUUAACGCCGUAACAACCGCACGCGCAUCUUUAGUUUAUUUUCAUAGCGUUCCGUAUUAUUAAUGUCGGGCUAAAGCGUUGUAAUAUAAAGUUCUAGUAAUAAACGCAUUGGAGAAUCUAUAACAGUCCACUCUUUCAC